GGCGGAGGCCGGGAGGCGCGGAUGAAACCCCACUCUCUAGGAGGACGACCCCCGGCGUUGGGACUGUCGAUCAGCUGGCCAGGUGAUCAGGUCAGGAAUCGACCCCGCUCUGUCGAAAGAUCUCAAAUGAUCGAAGGGAAAUAUCCCGAUCACCCUCGAGGCAACGCGAGGUUCGGCAUACGGUCCACUUCGGCCAGCCAGAAUUGGGUUCGCACGAAGUGUCCGAAGGGAGAGAUGAUGUCGCAGUUGGACUGGACGAGGUGGACUAUAUAAGGAUGGUCGGGCACGUCGAAAGAUUUAGCUACACACAAAGACAUGAUAGAGUAUCAUCCACUUCAAACAUCUAUAACUGUACCCCUAUCCAACUAAGACACAACACAAACACAACACUCAACGAUGACAUCUAAAGGUAUGAAGAUCCUCCUCGUCCUCUACGACGGCGGCAAGUCUGCCGAAGAAGAGCCUCGACUCUUGGGGACCACCGAGAACAAGCUCGGGAUCUCCAAAUGGCUCGCCGACCAGGGUCACGAGCUCGUCACCACCUCGGACAAGGAGGGAAGCGGGAGCGAGUUUAGGAAACACAUCGUCGAUGCCGACAUUCUCAUCACUACACCUUUCCAUCCCGGGUACUUGACCAGGGAGGUCAUGGACACGGCCAAGCAAUUGAAGCUUGCCGUGACCGCUGGAGUCGGUUCGGACCAUAUCGAUCUGGACGCGGCCAACGAACGCAAGAUCACCGUAGCCGAGGUGACGGGAUCCAACGUGGUGUCCGUUGCUGAACAUGUGGUGAUGACGAUCUUAUCCGCCGUCCGUAACUUUAUCCCAGCCCACGAGCAGGUGAUGAAUGGAGGCUGGGAUGUGGCCGCCAUCGCCCGAAACGCCUUUGACCUCGAGGGCAAGGUGGUCGGUACCCUCGGGUGCGGUCGAAUCGGUUACAGGGUCUUGCAACGACUCAAGCCGUUCGACUGUGCCGAGUUGCUCUACUACGAUUACGCGCCUUUGCCCAAGGAGGCCAGUGAUGCCGUCGGGUGCAAGCGGGUGGAGGACCGAGACGAAUUCUUGAAGAGGUGUGAUGUGAUUACCGUCAACACGCCCUUGCACGCCGAGACCAAGGGAAUGAUCAACAAGGAGUUCUUAUCCAAAUUGAAGAAGGGUUGCUUCCUCAUCAACACCGCACGAGGCGCCCUCGCCGUGGCCGAAGACGUAGCCGAAGCUCUCGAAUCGGGCCAGAUCAACUUUUACGGAGGUGACGUCUGGUACCCUCAACCGGCACCCGGUGACCACCCUUGGCGAUCCAUGCGCAACCACUUGAAGGGAGGCAACGGGAUGACCCCGCACUACAGUGGAACCACCCUCGAUGCUCAACGACGAUACGCCGAGGGAACUCAGGAGAUCUUGAAGAGAUUCUUCAACGGCGAAAAGCAGGAACCGGCCAACUUGAUCGUCGAGAACGGAGAGUACGCGACCAAGGCGUAUGGACAGAGGAACACGAAGACGGAGGAGGCCAAGGAGCAGGUCAGGACGGAUGGGAACGCUUGAGGAGGACAUGUCAUCCCGGACAAGUUCGAGUCCAUUACGUCCAUGUUGCUUCGAGAUGUAAAGCAAGAAGAAAGUGCCAAUUGUAUCCAGACAAGAUUGUCUCAGAUGAAAUGAAACCAAUUACCUACGG